GGUGAUGGAUAAAAAAAAAAACAAAUAAAGACCAGAUAUUUGGUGAGGCAGAGGUUGACGUGCGAAAAACACGUGGGAAAACGUUUCGGGCAUUCCUUCGCACGCAAUUCUCACACGCUUCUUUUCUAUAUGAAUAUGUAGGAGUACGAAUGUGACGCACUGCACUUGUUCUGCAUCUCUGCGCUCUUCUUUUCAACUCUCGAUUCUGGUUAUUCUGUCAGAGGUAUGAUCAAUGGCGUUUUGUGGACCAACCCCGGUUUCUGGGAGUAGCAGCUUAGCGUAUUCACCUCAAAAUUUGUCUGCAAAACUUAUUUUACCAGUUCCGCUGCGUUUUACUGGACAGUUCUCUAAUUUAGUCAGGAAAAAGAGCAGGGGAGAAUGUUGCUCUUCAUUAAGGAGUGCUGCAUCUGCAUCUUCUAUGGAGUCACAGGAAGAUGCUCCAAGUACAUUUUCAGCUUGCUUGGAGGAGGAACUAGAUCAUGUUAUACGGUUCAAAAUGUCAGACUUUAGGAUUUUAGAUUCAGUUAGCAUUGGUCUUGGUGGGCGGUCGGAUGAGAUGGUUUUUGAAGGCAUGGUGAAGGAUAGCUGUAGUUCUUUGUAUGGCAUAAGAGUUGUACUUCGAAAGCUUUCUAGUGCCCAAGCUAAGCGUCGGGGGAAACGAGCAAUAGAGGUUUUGAAGAAGCUGGUUCGGCGUAAACUUCUGUAUCAUUCUUACUCAAUGCAAGUUCAUGGUUAUAUCUCUUUGCCUGCAAGUGAUGAUAGUGAUUCAUUUAUCUUGGUACAUGGGUAUCAUGGCAGUUUCUCUUUGAGACACUGGCUUGAACGGUCAGAUUGGCUUCCAACUUUGGAGGCCACUCUUGCACUGGAUGAGGAGUCUGUUAGAAAGGUCGGAGAAGAUAGAACUGGAGGUCCUGCAGUUUCUAGGCAGCUGCGACUUAUUCGAAUAUUGAUGAGGGAUCUUCUUAUUGGGGUAAAUUACCUGCACAGCCACGGUCUUGCCCAUACAGAGCUGACACUGGAAAAUGUUCAUAUAAGUCCAGUAGACAGACAUAUCAAAGUAGGCAUAUUGGGUAAUGCUGCUGACUUUUACAAGGAUGGUUCGAAAGAUAGCUCUUUGGACAACUUGGACAGGCGAGAAAUGAUGAUUGCAUUUGACAUGAGAUGUGUGGGCUUCAUAAUGGCUAAAAUGGUAAUGCGGGAACUUAUGGAUCCUUCGGUUUUUGCAAAGUUCAAAUCGUUCCUCAUAAAGGGGUAUGAUCCUUCAUGUCUACGAGAGCUUAUGUUGGAAAUCCUUGGCAGAAGUUCCCCAUAUGGAAAUACUGGAUUACAAAUACUUGAUAGGAACUGGGGAGCUGGUUGGCACCUUUUAUCUUUAUUGCUUGCAACUAAACCUUCUCAGAGGAUAAGUUGUUUGGAUGCCCUUAGACACCCAUUUCUAUGUGGGCCAAGAUGGCGAGUUGUCUCAUCAAUGGAUAUUAUCAGAUGGGGUCUAGGUUCUACUGCAGUGCGUAUUACAGAGGAGUACAUUUAUCGCAAGCCUCAGCGCAGCAGGCUUGCCCAUUUCAUUGACUUAAUGGAGAUGUUGAAUCCCCAUCCAAAACCAAAGAACUGGCUGGACCUGCUUCCAGGCAAAUGGCGUCUAUUAUACUGCACUGGGAAGCAUGUUGGCCUGACCCUUCGCGAACCACCUCUCCGUGUACUUGUUGGCGACGUGCAUUUAACAGUGACAAGAGAAUCAAAGUUGAAAGCUAAUCUUUCAUUUAACUCUGACAUUGGAUUCUCUGUUAUGAUUGGUCAAGACUGGCCUCUUGACAAAGCUGGUAAGAGUGGAAGAUUGCGGGUGAAUUCUUCAUUUACAAUAAGAGCUGGGAGACGGCUAUAUCUGAAUCAAGACAAGACCACUGAGAAAUUCUUCUUUGGCCCUUCCAGCAACGUGGAUGCUUUAGCCCAGAAAUUUAAGGGCAAGAAAUGGAGUAAAAUAAUCCCUUUCAAGGAGUUUCCGUCAAGUCUUCCGGCAGCCAAACUUGCAUCAGGUGAUAUUGAUGUAACAAUGAAUAUUGACGAUCCAUUAAAUCAAAACACUGAUACUGCAAGAAGUGUUCUUCAAGAACUAAGAACACAAAUUCCCCCGGAAGUGUUUGAUUUGUCUAAGCUUGUGUGUGGAACCUAUGUGGAUUCAAGGAUGCUUGUCCUACGAGGGGUUAAUGGAUCCGCGCUCCUAUUUACAAGGUCUUUUAUGGACAGAAACAGUUGUAGUUAGUUGUUGCUGUAGCAGAUUCAAAUUAUUGUUUAAGUGUAUAUUUUUCCUUGUCGAUUGUAUAGUUUGGUCCAUUCUGAUCUCAAAUGAACAUUUUCCUCCCACCCCAAGAAGUAGUCAUCCCUCCUCAUGUUUGAUAUUUAAAUGUAAAAUUUGUAUCUUUUCAAGUAGUAGUGUUCUUGGCAAAUACCGUUAGUUAAAAGCACCUUGGAGGGGUGGGCGGAGAAUGUAAAGAUUUUUGAUAAUCCUUUUCAACCUGAUAUAUAGAAAAGAAUAGGACAAUGAUAUGGUAACACAAUUUUUUGACA